UUAUGCCAAGUUUUCCAGACUUGGGGUUGUGGUGAUCCCGGGGUUGAGACUGAAGUCUCUUAAUACUGGAGGAGGUGUCUUCUCUGUUGCCUGACCUACCUACAUAAUAAAUUUCAAGCCAGACAUUGGAAGAAAUGUCAGAAGAUUCAGAAAAGGAAGACUAUUCAGACAGAACGAUCAGUGAUGAUGAAUCAGAUGAGGAUAACUUCAUGAAAUUCGUAAGCGAAGAUAUCCACCAGUGUGCACUUUUAACAGCUGACUCUAUUAGUGACCCAUUUUUCCCCCGAACUACUCAGAUACUAUUGGAAUAUCAACUAGGGAGAUGGGUGCCACGUCUUCGUGAACCACGAGAUUUAUAUGGUGUCUCUUCUUCUGGUCCACUGAGCCCAACACGGUGGCCAUACCACUGUGAGGUCAUUGAUGAAAAGGUCCAGCAUAUCGAUUGGACUCCUUCUUUUCCUGAGCCAGUGUACACCCCAACAGGCCUAGAGAUGGAACCCCUUUAUCCAAACUCCAAGGAAAACACUGUAUUAUCUAGCUGAAGAUGGGCAGAAUAUGAGUACCAGCUGACCCUGCGCCCUGACCUCUUCACAAAUAAACACACCCAGUGGUACUAUUUCCAAGUCACUAAUACCCAAGCAGGAAUAGUCUACAGAUUCACUAUCAUCAAUUUCACUAAGCCUGCUAGUCUUUACAAUCAGGGUAUGCGCCCACUGUUUUACUCUGAAAAAGAAGCCAAGACUCAUAAUAUUGGCUGGCAGAGAAUAGGAGACCAAAUCAAGUAUUACAGGAACAACCAGGGACAAGAGGGGCAUCAUUAUUUCUCUCUCACAUGGACAUUUCAAUUUUCACACAACAAAGACACCUGCUACUUUGCUCACUGCUACCCAUAUACUUACACCAACCUGCAAGAAUACCUUUCUGCUAUCAAUCACGACUCCGUACGGUCCAAGUUUUGUAAAAUACAUGUCUUGUGCCACACAAUGGCUAGGAACAUGGUGUAUGUAUUAACGAUCACCACUCCCUUGAAGAACACAGACUCAAGAAAGCGAAAGGCUGUGAUUCUGACUGCAAGGGUCCAUCCAGGAGAAACCAACAGCUCUUGGAUCAUGAAAGGCUUCCUGGAUUAUAUUUUAGGAAACUCGAGCGAUGCGCAGUUGCUUCGGGACACUUUCAUCUUCAAGGUGGUACCCAUGCUGAAUCCGGAUGGUGUGAUUGUGGGAAAUUAUCGUUGUUCCUUAGCUGGACGAGAUUUAAACCGUAACUGUACAUCUCUCCUGAAGGAAUCCUGGUUUGGUAUACCAGACUGGUAUACCCAGAACAUGAUCCAUAGGUAAAAUAAGCCUCGAAUUACCUCUCUGCAUAUUUAGUAAACUUGGUAGUGAGAUUUUCGCUCUUACCAUCCUAUUCUUUUUACUCUAGCUUUUAAGGUUGCUUCACUGAUAGUUUAUAGCUACUUAGUUUUUUCCCAUUCUCUCCACUCUUCUCUCUGGCUUUAUGCCACUGGAUUCACUAGCCUUUUCUU